UUUCCAACUAAAACAAGCCUGGCCCGUCACUUGAAGCUUUGAGGCCUAGACCAGCCAUUGACCUGCAAAAACAAAGACAAAAUCAGUCAGAUCAAACCCAAACUCGAAUUCAAAGUCCACAUGUUAAAAUCACAAUAUCAUAGCCCAGUUCGGGCCAAGGGCAAGACUAGACAAAGCCCAUUUUGAGCUCAAACGACGACCAGCUCAGCCUACAAAUUCAGGACCAACUCUCCCAACUCGGCCCAAACUCACGUGACAAUCUUAUCCAGAACUGAUCCUGACCAGUCAGGACAGACCAAGUGUGGUGGAGGUCUCACAAUUGACCUCAAAAUCGACGAAUGAGCAAUCAACACGUGACACGUCCUUUUCCCUAUAAAGGAGCUGUUUGGCUCUGUGUUUUAGGGGAGAAAGGGGAGAAGACGCUUACAGAAACAGAUAAUCAGAAACAAUUUUCUUUUUUCCACUUUUCUUUGUUACUAAGUUAAGUACAUGAGCUCAGCAAGAUAGAAGGGUGCAAGGAGGCAGUGAGCUAGGGAGCAUCGCCAUCAAACAGAAACCAGCCUGGUCUAGAAACUUCAACCAGGUUGGUGCUCAUACGCGGCUUCCAUUUUCUUAAGGGUUAAUUGCAUGGUUGGUCACUGAGUUUACAAAAAACGUUCAUGUUUGGUCACUCCAAAUAUUUAAAUCCAUUAGUGGUCACUCGAAUUAGUUAAAUGGUUCAAGAUUAGUCACUCCCCGUUAGUCUCCGUCAGUUUCCGUUAACACCGUCAGUCAAUAGCUGACGUGGCUAACAGAAGUGAUGACUCACCCAAUUUUAACCCGCCACAUCACCAAACCCGACGCGCCACAUCAUCUCUCCAACCCAACCCUUCGCAAUCUUGACCCAAUCCUCCGCCUCCAAAACCACCGCCGUCGCCAGACAAUCGCUCACUGCCUCCAAAAAUUACAUCCUCCCUCAUCCAUCGCCAUUCUCAUCUCCUUGCCGCAGAUAACCCCUGUCAAUCAUUAAUUCCAAUCCCCUCCAGCCAAAAUCGAACCCAAAAAAUCCCUCCAUCCCCCAAUUCCUUGUUCCCUCCCACAACCAAAUAGUUCUUCCCACAAACAACUCCUCCUCCUCGUUCACUUCUGAUCCUCUGUCAUCCUAGUCGUUAAUGCACGGCUCGAUCUCAACCACUCCAACCUCCGCGCCAUCUCCGUCAUUGGCCGAGACUUGGGAGUCAACGCUCAACAAUGCAACACCUCUGUCUCCCCCUGCAACCUCCACGACCUCUUCUGCGAGCGUCGCAUCUCUCCUGCCGCCAACGACCACUCCUAUGAGCUUUGAAUCACCAGGCUGGUCUUCAAAUCCCAGUCACUCUCCGACAAUUGGUCGGCUGACGGAGCUCAAGGAGGUCUCCCUCCCCAACAACCGCCUCAUUGACAAAAUCCGUACUAGCUCGCGAUGCUCAACCUCGCCAACAAUCGAUUCACGGGCAAAGUUCAGGUCCCCCGGCGUUCCGUUCCUCCUCCGACUGCGCGUUCUGAAUCUCGCCUCCAACAAAUUGUCUGGGGAUCUGAAUUUCUUGAAGCAUUUCCCCAAUCUGGAAACACUCUCCCUCUCCAACAAUUUCUUCGCCGGCCAGGUCCCCAAAUCGAUUCGCUCCUUCCACAACCUCCAAUUCCUCGACCUCUCCGGGAACAUGUUCCUCAAUGUGGCGGGUCGGGUUUGGUGAUGUGGAGGGUUAAAAUUGGAUUAGAUAACACUUCUGUUAGCCACGUCAGCAAUUGACUGACGGUGUUAAUGAAAAUUAACGGAGACUAACGGAGAGUGACUAAACGUGGACCGUUUUACUAGUUCGAGUGACCGCUAAUGGAUUUAAAUAUUUGGAGUGACCAAACAUGAACGUUUUUUGUAAACUCAGUGACCAACCAUACAAUUAACCCAUUUUCUUAAUAACAUAUUAUUCAGUUUUUGCCAAGUUCAUACUAUCAUCAUGAUGUUAUAAUGUACCAUCUACUUGCUUAUUUAUAUUCAGGCAAUUUACUUUACAAGCUCAUUUACAUUAAAGCACUCUAUUUACCAAGAUCUGCUCAUAUAAGUUUCGUUAAGAUCUUUCAUUGAAGUUUUUUUCCCUUGUAUCAUUAACUUUGUCUGCGCUAUUACCAUUGUGCCAAUCUAUAGACUGAUUAACUUCAAUAUCCAUGAACUUAGGUCCCGUGUAGUAUUAUUUUGCUGUUGUUGUGGUUGGAUUGAUGUUGUGAAACACAUGCACAACUACAACAAGAAAAAAACAAACAACUCAAACCUGUUUAGUUGGUAAAUAUGAGAAAUUAUAAAAACUCACAACAAAAAACAGAAACGCGUUUAAUUACUUCUCAGUAAAAACUAAAAACAAAAAAUUAGCAUACUUGACAUCAAUCGAGCAACCUAAUUUCUAGUAAACAAUUGUUAUUAGUAACUAAAUAUGAUCACAAUCCCAGAAAAAUUGGGCCUCGGUUGGGAAGAGCAAAUGGCAUUCUUUGCUGACAAUUAUCUGGGGCUUGAAAAUUCCGCCAAGAGCAAAAGUGAAGGGAAUGGACCAAAUUCUGCAUACCCUGUUCGAGUUCAAGAAAUUAAAGGAAAUAACCAAACUAAAUCCCAUGCUUCAUUCGAUGAUCAAAAGCGAAUUCCCGGAAAAAAAACUGUUUCUAGGAAGUGUGAAGUCCCAAACUUCAGGGUUUCACGAAACCUACAAAGAGGCGAGCGACGAGAUGGUGCGGCAGGGGAACGAGCGGACGACGGGGUCUGAUGGGCGAAGAGCUUGAAGGACGAGCGCUGGCGGCGGGUGCGGCAGCAAGACAGGGAUGCCAAAGGGAUCGUCGUUCCUCUCGGAGAGGAAGAGGAUGAGCAGCGGCGGGCGAGUUUUUGUGGGUGAAAAAAUAAUAGAACGGUUGAAUGGUGAGUAGGGUUGGGGCCUUGUGGAGGGGUUGAAAAAAAUAAACAAAAUUUUCGUAUGUGAAGGGACUCGAACUGGGGGUUAGUUUAAUGAAAUCAAAGACACAACCAGCAGAAAUCCCGUGUUAAACAUGUGUACGAAUCAAAUCCAAAGCAAUAAUUUAUUGUUUCUCUUAUUUGAGCCUGGUUGUGUAACUCUGUUUCACAACAAAAAUUAAAAACCUAACUAAACAUGUUUUUUCUCCUCGAUUUCUGCGAUUUUAUAAAACACAACAGAAAACAAAAACAAGCAACAAUACUAAACGGGCCCUUAGAUGUUUUAUUUUAAAUUUCUGUCGUGUUUAGAUAUCCCUAUUUGUAGGGAUAGAUAGCAAAUUAAAGUACAACUAAUAGCAUAUUUUGGAUACAAGCAAAAACCACUUUUUAGAAGUCCAUGGAUCAACCUGGAUCCAGAUCCACUGAAAAUCACCCACUACAUAAAUUUUGGAUUUUCAAAAUCCACAAUUCAACCAUAAUCUAAUGGCAAGCAGUGGUGGAAAUUUGUAGGAGCUAAAUUACAAUUCAUAACAAACACCUUGAACACAAUAAAUUUCAGAUUUUCAA